AUUCAAGCGCGCGCACGCCCCCUAAACGCCUCUCCUCCUCUCCUUACACCCAUCCAUCCACAGGAGAUCUGUUCUACCCCCUCCGUCCGCUGCUCCGCUCAUUAAUCGCUUUCGGACGGUCUCCAUCCUUUGACGGAGAACAGAAGCAGCAGGGCGGUGGCAAUCGCUGGCGUGAGACUUCAAUGGUCAUCAUUUGGACGGAAAUCCGAGCGUCAGACCUGGAGAGACAGGACUAUCAGUGAUCACUAUGUCUGAAAGAGGUUCAGCCACAAAGAACACAGCAGACGGAGACAGACGGGGCUACUCGGAUCACGAUUCAAAGAUGUCGGACGAGCACCGAGACACCGAUGAUUCCUCAGAGAAAACCCCAAGCAGGAUGUCCAGAUCCCCUCAGAAAUCCUCCAAAAGACCAAAGACUGUACCUGUGAAAGUCACGCUGCUGGAUGGAUCUGCCUACGAGACCGGAGUAGAGAAGCUCUGUAAGGGGCAGAUGUUACUUGAUCUGGUGUGUGAGCAUCUCAACCUCCUGGAGAAGGACUACUUUGGCUUGACCUUCAGUGACACAGAGAGUCAAAAGAAUUGGCUCGAUCCUUCGAAAGAAAUCAAGAAACAAAUUCGUGUGGGUCCCUGGUAUUUCUACUUCGCUGUUAAGUUUUAUCCACCCGAUCCAUCUCAGCUGAUUGAAGACAUCACGCGGUUUUACCUGUGUCUGCAGCUGAGGGAGGAUAUACUGUCAGGACGUUUACCCUGCUCAUUCGUCACUCAUGCUCUGCUGGGCUCCUAUGCCGUUCAGGCUGAGCAGGGAGAUUACGACCCGGAGGAACACGGGCCCGACUACAUCAGCGACUUCCGCUUCGCCCCUAAUCAGACCCGUGAGCUGGAGGAGAGGGUGAUGGAGCUCCACCGCACCUACAGGGGCAUGAGUCCCGCAGAGGCUGAAAUCAACUUCUUGGAGAACGCCAAGAAGCUCUCCAUGUAUGGUGUUGAUCUUCAUCAUGCUAAGGACUCUGAAGGCAUUGACAUCAUGCUGGGAGUGUGCGCCAGUGGCCUUUUAAUCUACAGGGACCGUCUGCGUAUAAACCGUUUUGCCUGGCCCAAGAUCCUUAAAAUAUCCUACAAGAGAAGCAACUUCUACAUCAAGAUCCGCCCUGGAGAGGUAGAGAAAAAGUACGAGCAGUUUGAGAGCACUAUUGGCUUCAAGCUGCCCAACCAUCGUGCCUCUAAGCGCUUGUGGAAGGUCUGCAUUGAACACCACACCUUCUUCAGGUUGGUCUCUCCUGAGCCUCCUCCGAAAGGUUUUCUUGUGAUCGGCUCAAAGUUUCGCUACAGUGGGAGGACCCAAGCUCAGACUCGUCAGGCUAGUGCUUUGAUUGACAGGCCAGCUCCUCACUUUGAACGAUCGGUUAGUAGGAGGUACCUGCUGUCCCGCAGUAUAGAUGGAGAAUCUGCUUUAGGGGACACCAUGGACCGACUCUCCCAGCACACCUCCAGUGAGCCCAUGCCCAGUCUUCCCAGAGAUGAGGACCAGGAUUACCUGGAUCCCAGUCUGGAUCAGGACCUGGAUCACGAUCAUGAAGCUGAAGAUCAGCUGCUGGAGAGUCACUCCACCCCCUCUAGAAUGGUGGAGCUCAAGAGGGAGGAGGCAGGUUCUCCUGUAGACUCUAUGACGGAGUCGGACCAGGACUUGGCCCCACGUCCUAAACAGGAGCAGUUCCUGGAUAAACCAGAAGACGUGUUGCAGAAACAUCAAGCCAGCAUCAACGAGCUGAAGCGAGCCCUGAGAGAGCCAAACAGCAAGCUUGUUCACAGAGAGAAACGUCUCUCUGGAGCUUCUUCCGGCAGCACUCCUGAGAAAAAAUCUGCCUCAGAGGAGUCCGUAUUGAUUGAGAAGCAAGAUGGUUGUCAAAGAGACCUUACCCUCAGUAAAAAAGAGGAAAAGAGCAGGAGUCCUAGAGUAGCUUCAUUAGCCACUGGAUUCAACAGAGAGGCAGAUGACAGAACGAGAGAGAAAAUCCUCUCCCUACACAGCGACACAAAAGAAAAACACAGUGUGUCCAAAAGGACCUCCGCAGAAACGAUCUUAUCACCAGAGAAGCCCCUGAGAAAUAGAGCUAAAAGCCCUGCUCUAAGGUACAACCAUUUCCAGGGCGCUGGUUCCUUGGAGGAGAAAGCGUACGAUAAUGGGCACCCGCAGGAGAGAUGUUUGUCAGAGAAUGCGUUUCAUGCAAAUGGAUACGAUGAACAUGCAAUGGAGAGACACUGGGUUAGAAAAAGAAACAUGGGUGCAACCCAUGGAGAAGAUGAAAGGGGAAAUCAGGACGUGGAAAAAAGCUUUGGUGAGGCUUCUCCCAAUGCAGCUAUAGACAAACAUAUGAGAAAUCAAUAUCAUGAAAGCAGAUGGGGGAACCAAACCUCAGAAACAGAGCCAGACAUCAGAUCUACUACCAUGCAAAAGCAAACCCCUAAACCAGGCACUGGAGAUGUUACGGCAGUCCAGAGACACGACUCCAGUGCCAGUGACACAUCGCAGUCUGAGGUGAAACGAAUAGUUCCAUUGAAGCCCGAGAGGUCAAAAAAGCUGAAGGGCAAUAAAGCAGCCAAGCUACAAGGACACUCAAGUGAGAAAAGCAGUUCCGAAUCAUUUGACGAAGGGGAGAAGUCUAAGGAAGAGCAAAUUGCUUGUGAGAAUACUCUGUACAGCUUGUCGCAGCACAAAAAUUCUGCCGUUCCAGUGGGCAAUGGAACUUCAGCUAAGCAAGACGUGUCCCGUAAUUAUCACAACAGAGAAGUCAGAGAAUACAGCCGACAGUAUCUUCAAGACAGGCACCAAUUACGGGAUUUAAAAAACAGCGCUGACCACAGACUUAGUAUCGAACAAGAUCACGUUCUGUUUGAAGAUCCAUCUUCUGUGUUUGACUUUGCGAACAAUUCAACGUUUUCAGCCUUCGAUCAGAUUCCCCAUUUGUACCCACCCAUAAAAUCCCAGAGGGCGAGAGAUGCACGCACCAAACAGAUCCCCAAAAGUGAUUCCAACAACAGCCUUCACAAGAGCUCAAGCGUGGAAUCUUCCAAGAGAAAAUCAGUGAGAGAGCCCUGGGAGAGACGCUUGGGAUCGGUGUCAGAAGAUGACCCCGACCCGGACGCUCUGUACCUGAAGGAGACCCACCUGGGCAUCGAGCGCAAAUGCUCGAGUAUCACCGUCAGCUCAACGUCUAGCCUGGAAGCCGAGGUGGACUUCACCAUCCUCAUGGACUUUCAAACGGGCAUCGAAGAGUUUUCUAGAGGCAUGUCCGAGCUGGGAGAGAAGGAUAUCUCGCCUGAGUUUGGCUUCUCUGAGCGGUCCACCCAUCCAGCGUUUAUACUGGGAGCAGAUCCGAUCUAUUAUCCUGAAGACAGACCUGUGGAAGUACUGAGGCCCGUAGAGAAACCCAAACCCAUCGUAGAGCAGAAGCCCCUGGAGGAACGUAAACCAGAGCCUUUCGUACCCAAGAAAGCUCCACGGUCAGUAAAAACCGCUCAAGCCCUAAGGAAAGACUCUACAGAACAAGCUAAUGCCCAGUCGAUGAGGCGUGAGAGCUCCGAAUCGCCCCCAAUCCAACCUCUGAGCAGAGAGAGCAGUGAAAUCAUUGCCUCCCAGGCUCUAAGGAAGACUGAGGUCAAGAUCGAAACGCAGCCCAAUGGCUCUGAGGUCACAACAACCAUAAUGGAGAUCGCAGACCCGGACCAUGGUAUGAGCAGUAUGCGAGAGGCUGCGUACUCAAUGGUAGAGAGGGUUUCUCCUGUGAACGUGGGUUCAUUAGGCAGAGAAGGUUCUCCUCUAAUGGUAACUGAGAACGUAACAUCGGCCACUACAACUCAUGUUACUAAGACCGUGAAAGGAGGCUACUCAGAGACUAGAAUUGAAAAAAGGAUUAUCAUUACUGGUGAUGAUGAUGUUGAUCAAGAUCAGGCACUCGCCAUGGCAAUAAAAGAAGCCAGGCAACAGCACCCUGACAUGUUGGUAACCAAGGCUGUAGUUGUCAGGGAAACAGAAUCUUCCACUCAAGACCUACAUGAGGAAUCCAAGUCCUGAUCUUCUCGGUUAUUCAUCAAGAUGUUUCUCAAUGACUGCCAGUGGAUCAUCAACAUCUGGAAACCUCUUUCACCAAGCUUCAAGACCCGGGACACCAAUUCUUCCACACACAUGCACACACACACACUGCCUCCCUGAUGUCAGGCAUAUUCCUUCCUAUAUAAUUUCUAUUUUGUGUCUACAUUUGCUGUGGUAAUACAGACAUCGGUCCAGGAGGCACAAAAUCUCCUCGACUGAGCACCGCUCGGUAUGGACAGUCUCACAUCAAUCAGAAGAUUUAGUCGCCAUCAUAGUCUAUUGCUCUUUCAUCACGAAUGUGAAAACUAACCAGUUGUACUCUAAACAGCGCAACGGUGACCUGUCGCAUGAGACACGGGGAUUUUCGAUGAACAUUGCUGAAGAUUACGCUAAAGCCCAAAGUAUAGUUCCCUUUUCACACGUACGCGAGGGACAGCAUACAGUGCAUGUGACGCGAAGUCAUCAGAAUAGUACGCGCAUAGCCAAAAUUUUGUUACCUUGCAUACAUAGUACGCACAAGUCACGCAUGCGCAUUCCAUUUCUUGCAGUAAUUCCUUUAACCACCAGGUGGCAACCGUGUCCUGGGAGCGUCGAUUCAAGGCAGUAGAAGAAAACCUGACCUCUGUAGGCCCGGAGAUGUAUUGCAAUAUGUUGUAAUGCGCAUGCGUUAAAACCGUGUGUACGUGUAUGAUUUGAAGGAAGUACGCAUAUGCGUACGCUCGUGUGCACGUAAAAAAAGAAGUAUACCACAGGCUUAAGUGGAGUGACAGUAGCGUCUGUCAAGUAGUUUUCCUAGAGCUCACGGAGAUGUUACACGGAAGACCUUUUUGCAAACACCGAACUGUAGAUUAAAGCCUAGUGUACUAGCUAACGUGCAGACAGUUUGUCCAUGCUUUAUAGAUCCGCUGUUAUGUUGCUUUUAGAUUCUGAAACUCAUUUGCAUGUGGCAAAGCAGCGUUUCACAGACACAUUUUCAUAGACAGUCGAAAAAGCUAAAUACAGGGGUCGAUGUCCUUGAGCAGAAAAGAACAGAUUGUAGACUAAGUAGAAUGACCAAACUUGUCAUCAGUAUUUAUGUCCAUAUUGGUUUUUAAUAUGAGCAUACAGUAUUAGACAUGUACAUUUUAUUCCGGCAAUUCCUGCGUUUAAGUUUUAUAGUUUUGACAAAAUCCCUUUUUUUGUUAUUGUGGGGCCCGUACAUAUGCUUCGUAGAGAUAAAUAAAAGUAAUUUUCAAUGCAAACUUUUCCAAUGUACUACUAGUAAUCUUUAGAUCUUAGAUAGGAAAUAUCACAGCGUUUGACCUGUUUUUAAAUGCACGACAAAACCAAACACAUCUGCUUUCUGAAUGCUCCGAUUCUUCAUCUUCUACACCUAACGUUAAAUGGAGAAAUAUUAUGUAAAGCCCAAAGAGUUAUAUACAUGCCAAACACUGUUAUUCACCAGUGUGUUAUAUGCAUGUGACUCCAUUUAGACCUUAUUAGACACGCAAAUGAUUUACAAUUACUUUCUAACAAGCCGAAGAUUUUACAAAUUCCAAACAGCUCAGCAAGUUCGUGUGAUUAUUGUAUUAUUUUUCUGCUGCCUCAUACAAUGCUGUGCCAAUGAAAAUAAGGAAAACAACUUUAAAAGGUUCUGGUUUGUAAGAUACGAUUCCUUUCUCUGUGAUAAAUGUCAUGAGCCUGUGGCUUGGUUUUCAGUGAAGCGUGACCCGUGAGCCAUGAUUCUCUUUCCAAACAUCCUAAAGCAGUAGACGUCCUGAAUGAGUCAGGAUGUGUAUGUGUUGUAGUGUUAUAUGGAUGAAUGAGCUUUGAUUUGUAUGUGUAUUGCCAAAUAAAAAACUUAGGAGACUUUAAAUUAGAAUGAAAGAAUGCCAGAAAAGCUCUUUGAUGAUCAUAUUUGCUAACAUGGUGAAAGGCUUGUUCUUGUGUAUCUAUUUGUUCAGGACGGUGCACUAUCUGUGAAUAUUAUGACACCUAACACAACUUGCAGACAUCAAAAAGGAGACUUGAAUAAAUACCUUCAGCUGAUUUCUGAAGACUUAGAUGCUGUUUUUGAAUAUAAAGAAGUGCCAUGUGAAGGUUGACAGUCACAGUUGGACUCAACCACAGCAUUCUCUCAUUAGUUUUGUCUCAUUACAAGGCAGCGUCCUUGGUACAUGUCGCAUAGAAAACGAACUCUGGAAAAACACGUUAACUUUAGAAAACUCUGUCUUCAGCAUCGGUUUCCCUAAGAUUCCACCUGCCAGCCACUUCUGUUUACACUGCUAUCUGGUACUUUCUACUGCUUGAUUUUGUGUGUUUGCUGUACAGUGUUCAAAAUAAAAAAGAGAUCC